AUGGAUACGGACCAUGACACAUCUGAGAAAGAUGUAGCUCAUACUUUUCUUCAGAGGUUGAUGAUGUUAGACUACAGAGCCAGAUAUAUGCCUGUGAGACAAGACAGUCCCGAGGUGAACCAGUCAAACCCUGUUGAAGAGUCCUUCACUGAUGAUACAGCCAAUGAUGAUGAUGAUGAUGAUGAUGAUGAUGAUGAUGAUGAUGAUGAUGCUCUUUACAGCACUGAUGUUGACUUUGAUCAAUCAAAAGUCAUGACUCACGUGCAUCCAAUGGACGUUCAAAUGGCAGUUUUUCACUGCUCAGACAGCUUUUUGAAGCAGAACAUGAUUACAAAGCUAUCACAAUGUCAGUACGCCUUACCUUUCCUUGUUCCUGACCAAGUCACAAUGGGUAUUGACUGUCCCCUGUGGACAUUCAGACAAAUAAGAAAAACAUGGAAGAUAACUGAAAUGAAAGAUAAUUCAAACAUUGUCACCAUGAAGAGUAUGCCCAUCUGCAAAGCUGAGACACCCUUGGUGUCAUUUCUCCGCCUGGGUUCACCAUCUCUGUCUAAAUCUCAGCUGAUGAACACUUUGAUCAACGACCGUCACAACACCUUCUUCCACAGGGACUGCCCAGGUAGCACCAAGUUUCGCCAUCUGAUGGAUGGUGUGGCAGAGAUUGCAUGGUACUGCCCUGCUGGAAAAGCCAAUGAUGCCUUCACUGACUGCAUUGCCUUCUGUAAUCUUCACGGAGAUGCUCUGUCAAUUGUUAAACAGCGUGACAUACUGACUGACAAAUCUUCAGUCAAUGUUGUUCUUGUACCAACUCUGGAACAAGGUGACAACAGAUCUGCGGUUAUCUCAGCCCUUUACAAGUCUCCAAAACCUCUCAUUAUUCUCAUUGCUGAGAACGAUAGUGAUGCUGUCCAGAUGAAAAAGGGAAAAUACAAAAUGGGUUUAAACGGCAGAAGCCAGUCAGAGGUUUCUGAAAAACUGAAAAAAAUCAUCGUAAAGAUUUUGUCUGGACCACAUUCAUCCUUCCAGCUUGAAUCCAUGGCUAAAGUUUCUGGAGUCAAAGUGGAUGAAGAUGACAAAGUCUGCCAAAAAGGGAAAUCUGCUGCAAUGAUAAUGGUGGACUUGCUUCAGAAGAUGGAUGUUUCAAAGAUCAAAGAUACAUAUCUUUCUUGUCAAGGCCAACUGUGGCAUGACUGGUGCAAAAUCAACAAAGAGCUGUAUCACCUCAAAGGAAACCUUGAGAAUAAGAGAUGUGAAAAGCUAGAGAAACUGAAUCAAAUACGUCAAGAACAAUGCAGAGCUUCCUGUAGUGAACCGAUGAAAGUGUUCAUUGAAAGCCUCUCAUCUUUGUCAGCGACAGAAAAAGAGUAUUUUCUGAAAUGGACUCAGAUAUUAAUAGAUGCCCUCUCCACAGACGAUCUCUCUAAAAUUCUCCAAACCUAUGAUGAAAAGUGGGCGGAGCUCUUGGCCUUGAAGAAGAAGCAGGACAAGUCUGCUCUGCUAAAAAGAAAGCAAACUGACCUUGAUGAAAUAUCAACAAAAGUACAGUCAGCAACGUUUGGCUUGGAGCACAUCUUCAGAGAAAUGGGCCAGAUCUAUGAAGCUCAUGCAGCUCUACAGAAACAAGCAAAGAGGGGACAGACUGACUGGUCUAAAUACCCUGAGUUGGCUGCAGAGCUGAUGAUAUCAGGACAACCAAUGGAGCUGAUGGAUGGUGAUGCAGGUCAUGUACCUUUAACAUGGAUCUCUGGUAUUUUAGAUGAAGUCAUCAAGAAACUGGGUGACAAGAGAGUUUUUGUUUUGUCAGUGUUAGGCGUACAAAGCAGUGGAAAAUCCACAAUGCUGAAUGCCAUGUUUGGGUUGCAGUUUGCAGUGAGUGCUGGCAGGUGCACCAAAGGUGCCUUCAUGCAGCUGGUGGAAGUGUCAGAGGAGAUCAAGAAAGACUUUCAGUUCGACUACAUGCUCGUGGUGGACACUGAAGGACUGCGUGCUCUUGAGUUGGAAGGUAAAGCCACUCUCCAACACGACAAUGAACUGGCAACAUUUGUUGUUGGUCUGGGAAACAUGACACUGAUCAACAUCUUUGGAGAGAACCCGGCUGAGAUGCAAGAUGUUCUGCAGAUUGUAGUUCAGGCUUUCAUGAGGAUGAAGAAAAUUAAACUUUCUCCAAGUUGUGUGUUUGUUCACCAGAAUGUUACAGAUAUUGCUGCCACAGAGAAAAACAUGGAUGGGAAGCGACGUCUGCAAGAAAAACUGGACAAGAUGACGAAACUAGCAGCCAAAGAGGAGGUUUGUGUUGCCGAGUGCUUCAGUGACAUAAUUGCAUUUGAUGUGCAGAAAGAUGUGAAAUACUUUGCCCAGCUUUGGGAGGGAAGUCCACCUAUGGCUCCUCCAAAUCCAGGUUAUAGUGAGAGUGUCCAAGAGCUGAAGACCAUCAUCCUCUCCAAAGCUUCACAGUCAGCUGGGAUUACUCUCUCGCAGUUCAAAAGCAAAAUUCAGGACCUGUGGAAUGCCCUGAUGAACGAAGAAUUUGUUUUCAGUUUCAAAAACACACUUGAAGUUGCAGCGUACAGAAAACUUGAGGUCCAGUAUGGGAACUGGACCUGGAAACUGAGGAGCAACAUGGAGACCAUUAAGAACGGGCUUUUUACCAAAAUUGAAAAUGGAACACUUGCCAAGGUCGAGCUCAAUCAUCUUUAUGAAGUAUCAAACAAAACCUAUGAAGAAAUCCAAAACAAAAUGGCAACAUGCUUUGAUGAUGACGGAGACAAAGAAAUGUUGGUUCAGUGGCGAGGCCGAUUUGAAAGCAAAAUCAAGGAGUUUCAUGAUGAACAAGUGAAGGAGUAAAAAAAAAAACUGUAUGAAGUCAUCGUGCAGAAACAGGCUUGUAAACAGCUCGAUGCUAAGAAGACAGAGUUUGAGAACAAGCUGCUACAAAAGAGCAAAGAACUCGCUCAUCGGUUAAAGGACGAGGACCAAGAUGAAAAGGAUCUCCACAAGCAGUUCAACUGUGUUUGGAGUGAUUUGGUUAAAGAACUAAUUGCAGAUACAAAACCUAUUGAGGACAUCUGCUAUGAAGAAGAUCAAUCAACAGUCCUCACGGAGCUUGAACUGAUCUGUGACAAGCUGAAGAGAUCCACCGUUAAGGCCGUCUGCAACAGGACUGCCAGUGACCUCGCUGAAGUGAUGAAGAGCAAUUUCCCAGCAUUCAAUGGGAACAGGUCCAAAUUUGAGAAACAUAUGUUGAAGUCACUCGCCAAGAAAGAGGACUUUAAUGACUUCAUCGCCUACAUACGAAACCCAAAGAGUGACAUGAACGAUUUUGACUUUCUGAAAGAAGAGAUCCAGAAAGGUCAUGUAUCCGUCAUGAAGGAGUUGAGCAGCCUCUCACUGGAUAAGAUCAAGGAAUUCAAGCUGAAGCCUGAGAAAAUGCUCAUCGAGGAACUGGAUAACUAUUGCUGGGAAAAGUCUGCCAACACAUAA